UCACGGACUCUGUUACCACCAUGCCCCAAGACAACCAAAUUUUCUCUCUCUAAAAUGUCACUCUCUCUCUCUAAAAUGUCAUUCAAAUACAGGGGAAGUAGUACUAGCUUUUCAAUGGCCAUCACUACUGUAUUCUAUUUUCUUCUCAUACUCUUCUCAGAAAUCUCAAACUCUACAACAAGUGUUAGUGCUAGUCCUAUCAAAACAGUGGUUGUGCUUGUGAUGGAGAACCGUUCAUUCGAUCACAUGCUGGGUUGGAUGAAGAAGCUCAACCCCAAUAUCAACGGCGUCGAUGGCUCCGAAUCCAACCCAAUCUCCACCACCAACCCGAACUCAACCCGCAUUUUCUUCACUAACCAAUCCCACCUCGUCGACCCGGACCCGGGUCACUCCUUUCAAGCCAUCCGGGAACAGAUAUUUGGAUCCAACACCACCUCUCUCAACCCACCGCCCAUGAACGGCUUUGCGCAGCAAGCUGGGUCCAUGGACCCAAACAUGCCCGAAACCGUCAUGAACGGGUUUGACCCGGACAUGGUUGCCGUCUACAAGUCUCUGGUUUCCGAAUUCGCCGUCUUCGACCGGUGGUUUGCCUCUGUUCCGGCCUCCACGCAGCCCAACCGCCUAUACGUCCACUCCGCUACCUCCCAUGGCGCCACCGGCAACGUGGCGGCAUUGCUCGCUAAAGGGUACCCGCAGAGGACCAUUUUCGAUGACCUCGAUGACGCCGGAAUAUCCUUCGGGAUAUACUUUCAAAACAUUCCGGCCACGCUGUUUUACAGGAGCUUGAGGAAGAUCAAGUAUAUAGGUAGAUUUCAUCCGUACGACCUGUCUUUCAAGAGUGACGCGAAGAAUGGGAAGUUGCCCGGUUAUGUUGUGGUGGAGCAGCGGUACAUGGACUCUAAGCUGGAGCCAGCAAACGAUGAUCAUCCGUCGCACGACGUGUAUCAGGGUCAGAUGUUUGUGAAGGAGGUGUACGAGACGCUGAGAUCAAGCCCGCAGUGGAACCAGACUCUGCUAGUGAUCACCUAUGAUGAGCACGGCGGGUUCUAUGAUCAUGUCCCCACACCGAUGAAUGGGGUCCCCAGCCCCGAUGGAAUCGUGGGUCCGGAGCCAUUUUUGUUUGGGUUCGACCGGUUAGGGGUUAGGGUUCCUACUCUAAUGGUCUCACCUUGGAUUGACAAGGGUACCGUUGUUCAUGGGCCUAACGGAUUGCCAUUUACAACAUCAGAAUACGAGCAUUCGUCCAUUCCAGCAACAGUUAGGAAGAUCUUCAACUUGUCCUCACCCUUUCUUACAAAGAGGGAUGAAUGGGCUGCCACCUUCGAUGGCAUCCUCCAAACCCGAACAGAACCUAGAACCGAUUGUCCAGAGCAACUCCCGACUCCGGUGCAGAUCAGGCAGGGCGGAGCUAAAGAAGACGCGAAGCUUAGUGAAUUCCAACAGGAGAUGCUGCAGCUUGCAGCAGCACUAAAGGGCGAUGAUAUCCUAACGAGUUAUCCGAAAAAUAUCGGGAAAGAGAUGACUGUGAAGGAAGGGAAGGAGUACAUGGAGGAUGCAGUGAAACGCUUUCUGGAGGCAGGACUCGCUGCUAAGAGAAUGGGCGUAGACGGAGAAAACAUUGUUAAAAUGAGGCCCUCACUAACGACAAGAACGUCAAGAGAUUCAAAUCAACACCCUUAAGAGAACAUUGCAUUAUAGGAUUGGAUUUGGGAGCUGAAAUGUUUUUGAAAAACCUGUUGGUGAAUUCUUGAACUAAAGAUGUACAGAAAUCCAGAAUCAUAUGCUCGUGAAGCAAAUGGCCAAAGAAAUGUUGUGAUGAAAAUUGGCUUUGGAGUUUUCUUU